GUACUAGUCAAAAUUAGUGCCUUCAUCACCAUUCCUGUGUCUGACACUUGGCUCUCUCUACUCCCACCUUUUCCCCUCAUUUUCUGUAUUUAUUGCUAGCUUGCUAGCACCUUUUGAUUAAGCACUCUAAGCUCAUUCAUCUUCCUAUCCCUUGGUUUGGUUUGGUCCUCUCACAAUGAAGUUUCUCAGCUGGAUGCAAAAUAAACUUGGUGGAAAGCAAGAGAACAGAAAAUCAAACACAAAUGCAGCCCCACCUGCAUGUCAAGCAAAACAAGAGCCUCGAGAAGAGUUCAGUGACUGGCCUCAUGGAUUUUUAUCAAUCGGAACAUUUGGAAAGAAGGAUGAGAUCAAACAAAACUUAGAUGACCAAAACACACAAGAUCAGGAUCCAUCUUCAUCAGAGGAAAUAGCAGACUUCACGCCUGAAGAAAUCGGGAAACUACAAAAGGAGUUAACAAGGCUCCUGAGACGAAAACCCAAUGUGGAAAAAGAAAUCUCUGAGCUUCCUCUUGACAGAUUUCUUAAUUGCCCAUCAAGCUUGGAGGUUGAUAGGAGAAUCAGCAACGCGCUUUGCAGCGAAUCAGAUGAUAAAGAAGAAGACAUUGAGAAGACACUCAGUGUCAUACUUGAUAGAUGCAAAGAUGUUUGUGCAGAGAAGAGCAAGAAGUCAAUUGGGAAGAAAUCUAUUUCUUUCCUGUUGAAGAAGAUGUUUGUUUGUAGAAGUGGGUUUGCUCCAACACCUAGCCUUAGAGAUACCCUUCAAGAAUCAAGAAUGGAGAAGCUUUUAAGGACAAUGCUUCACAAGAGAAUUUACACCCAAAAUUCUUCUCGGGCAUCAUCGAUGAAGAAGUGCCUGGAGGACAAGAAGUUGAUAAGGAAUAGGAAUGAGGAUGAACCAGAAGAGAGAAAAGAUGAAGGCUGUAAAUGGGUCAAGACCGACUCUGAAUAUAUUGUCCUAGAGAUAUAAAGCAGCCUCUAUUUUUACUAGCUCUGUUAAUUAGAACAUGUUCAGAUUCAAGCAAGUUGAUAUAUAGGUACAUAAUGAUAGAGGGUAUGAAGUGGAGCUUACAUUUUUCUAAAUGAAGUUUGUUUGUGAUAUCUGUACCAAGAAAUGAAUGGUGCAGACUGAAGGGUAGUGUCUCUGUUUUGUAACGGUGCUUCCCGUUAUUUUUUCAUGUGUUGUGUCUGCGAAUGCGGAGUAACUCAUGUUAUUGAAAAUCAUAUCAAUGUAAUUCUGAUUUGUAUUGACAAGGGUAUAGAUUUUCAAUGUACUCACUACUUGUCCUUUUUUUUACUCCACUUUGUUAGCUGCUCUCCUUGU